AAUCAGCUGAAUUUUCCAGUAGGUGACAAAACACUUGAAACAGUCGAAUGAUCCAAAGUCCACUUUUAUCGUUAAAAAUAUACUUAUAAGCACCAUGUUUCUCAACUGUUUGGUAGCUCUUGAGAAGGUCACAGCUCCUUCAUUCUUCCAGUUUAAAGAUCGCAGAUACUUAAGCAUCAUGGCUGAGUCAGUUAGUAACAACACUGGAAAGAAGCUUGUCCGAAUUGAUGUCAGUUCAGACACUGUAUGCCCAUGGUGUUUUGUUGGCAAGAGAAAUUUGGACAAAGCUAUAGCUGCUUCUAAGGAUCGGUUUGAUUUUGAGAUCAAAUGGCAUCCUUUUUUUCUUAAUCCUUCUGCCCCUAAAGAAGGUGUGAAUAAGCUAGAUUUCUACAGGGAAAAGUUUGGAUCUCGAGCUGAAGGAAUCUUGGCUCGGAUGACUGAGAUUUUUAAAGGUCUUGGUCUGGAAUAUAACUUGUCUGGACUCACGGGCAAUACUCUAGACAGCCACAGACUUAUAAAUUUUGCCGGCCAACAGGGUCUUGAUAAGCAACAUAAACUUGCUGAGGAGCUAUUUCUUGGAUACUUCACUCAGGCCAAAUAUGUUGGUGAUAGGGAAUUUCUUCUAGAAUGUGCUCAAAAGGUUGGGGUAGAGGGAGCAGCUAAAUUUCUUGAAGAUCCUAAUAAUGGAGUCAAGGAGGUUAACGAGGAGCUUGAGAAGUACUCAGCACAUAUCACAGGAGUCCCAUUCUACGUGAUCAAUGGGAAACAGAAGUUGAGUGGUGGCCAGCCCCCUGAGGUUUUCCAGAAAGCGUUUGAAGUUUCCGCAAAAUGAUAGUUCCUCGCUACGAAAAAUUUAUAUUCCUGUAAUGUAACAUCUGCUUUCCUUAGAAACAAUAAACUUGCUAGAGGAGAAUAUAUUCUCCUCCAUACACGAUCCUUUGUGUUUUACAUGUCCUGCAAAUACAAUCAUGAAGUUUACAGAUUACAAUAAAUAGAGACUUCGGUUUUUUUU